AUGCAAUACAAAAAAACUUUAGCCGCCGCUACUUUAGCUUCUUAUGCAUUUGCUGCUUAUGUUCCGUCCGAACCAUGGUCUACAUUAACACCAUCUGGUAAAUAUAGUGGUGCGAUGUCUGAUUACACUGGUUCUUUUGGUAUUGCUGUUGUCCCAUUGGCAGCUUCCUCUACCGCAAAGGCUAAAAGAGAUGCUGUUUCUCAAAUUGGUGACGGCCAAAUCCAAGCUGCUACUACUACUACUGCUAUGGUUAUUCCAAAGGCCACUGCUGCUGCUGUCUCUCAAAUUGGUGACGGCCAAAUUCAAGCUACAACAAAGACUGAAACUCUCAAAGCAACUGCAGCUGCUGUUUCUCAGAUUGGUGAUGGCCAGAUUCAAGCUACCACUAAGACUGAAGCUCCAAAAGUUACUGAAGCACCAAAACAAACUGCUGCUGCUGUAUCCCAAAUCGGCGAUGGUCAAAUCCAAGCUACUACUAACACCGUUGUUCCAAAGCAAACUGCUGCUGCUAUUUCUCAAAUUGGAGAUGGCCAAAUCCAAGCUACUACUAAAUCUACUACCAUUACUCAAUUAGCUACCUCUACUCCCUCUGUUACAAACUACAAUUCUACUUCCUCAGUAGAAACAUCUACUUCUAUCCCUUCCUCUGAAGAUAGUUACUUUGAAUCCCAAGCUUGCAAAAAUAACGGUACUUUAUCCAUGACUUUAAAGAACGGGAUGUUAGCUGAUUCUAAGGGUAGAGUAGGUUCCAUUGUUGCCAAUAGACAAUUCCAAUUUGAUGGUCCACCACCACAGGCUGGUGCCAUCUAUGCCGCCGGAUGGUCCAUUACUCCACAAGGUAACUUGGCUAUUGGUUCUAACGAUAUCUUUUAUCAAUGUUUGUCCGGUAAUUUCUACAACUUAUACGAUAAAACCCAAGGUGCACAAUGCUCACCAGUACACUUACAAGCUGUCGAAUUGGUUAAUUGUUAA